AUGGCUCCCCGCACCCUCGCCGACGACUUCGUCCUGACCAUCUCCGACGACGAGGACAACAUCCCCGACCUCGACGGCGAGCCUGACCAGGACCUGCCCGCAGCCCCCAACAAGAAGCGCAAGCGCAACUCCACCCAACCCGACGACGACCUGAGCGCCUCCAAGAAAAAGAGCAAGAAGUCCAAGAAGCAGAAGAAGGCCCCGUCCCCGUCGCCAGAGCCCGACCAUGACGAUGAGGAAGAGAACUGGGCCGCCGCCGGCGAGGACGACGGUGCAAUGGACUCUGACUUCGAGUUCCAGGCUGGCGACGUCGACAUUGGUGUGAUAGACGACUUCGACGGCUGGGGCCUGGAAUCCGACGCCAAGAAGAAGGGCGGCGAUAAGAAGGCCGUGGACAUUGACGAGAUCAUUGCGCGCCGCCGCCAGAAGCAGGAGGGCGCCGACGAGCAAAACAAGAAGGCCGGGGCUGAGGACUCCGACUCCGACGCAGAUCUGAGCGCGGACGAGGAAUUCACCGGCCUGGACGAGGAUGAGACCCUGGCGGAAGACGGCUUUGGCAUGGGCGCUCAGGACGCUGAGGAAUCUGGCGACGAGGAAGACGAGGGCGAGGACGAGUCUGAGGCCGAUGAAGACGAGUCAGAAGAAGAGGAGGACGACGACGACGAGGAAGUCGCUAAGCCUGUGUCGCACCCAGACGACCUCCAGUCCGACUCUUCGGACGACGAAGAGCGGGAGGAUCCUGUUGAGGCAGAACGUAGGAAGGCCUUCUUCGCCCCGGAGGAGAACCUGGAUGGCUCCAACCCUCCUGUUGCGAAGGGCAAGGGCUCUUUUCAACACAUGUCUCUGUCGCGGCCAAUCCUCAAAGGUGUCGCUGCCGUUGGCUUCACCGAACCGACUCCUAUCCAGGCAAAGACGAUUCCCGUCGCUCUGCUCGGUAAGGACGUUGUUGGUGGCGCCGUUACUGGUUCCGGUAAAACCGGCGCUUUCAUCAUCCCCAUUCUGGAACGUCUUCUGUACAGGCCUAAGAAGGUCGCCACCACACGCGUCGCCAUCCUGAUGCCCACCCGUGAGUUGGCCGUGCAAUGUUUCAACGUAGCAAAGAAGCUCGCAGCCUUCACCGACAUCACCUUCGCUCAGAUUGUCGGUGGUUUCAGUCUCAGAGAACAGGAGAACACCCUCAAACAACGACCCGACGUCGUCAUCGCCACUCCCGGUCGUUUCAUCGACCACAUGCGCAACUCCCCUAGCUUCGCCGUUGACACUUUGGAAAUCCUGGUUCUCGACGAGGCUGACCGCAUGCUCGAAGACGGUUUCGCCGACGAGCUGAACGAGAUCCUCACCACCAUCCCCCCAUCCAGGCAGACCAUGCUGUUCUCCGCCACCAUGACUGACUCGGUCGACAAGCUCAUCCGUGUCGGCUUGAACAAGCCAGUUCGCCUGAUGGUCGACGCCAAGAAGACCACCGUCUCCGGGCUUGUGCAGGAGUUCGUCCGCCUGAGACCAGGCAAGGAGGAGAAAAAGCUCGCAGUCCUGAUGUACCUUUGCGAAAAGGUCUACACGGACCGCGUCAUCAUCUUCUUCCGGCAAAAGAAGGAAGCGCAUCGCGUACGCAUCCUCUUCGGCCUCAACGGCAUCAAAGCAGCCGAGCUGCACGGCAGCAUGAGCCAAGAACAACGUAUCUCCGCCGUCGAGUCCUUCCGCAGCCACGCGGCCUCCCACCUCCUCGCCACCGACCUCGCCUCCCGCGGCCUCGACAUCAAAGGCGUCACCACCGUCAUAAACUACGGCGCGCCCCAGUCGCACGAAAUCUACCUCCACCGCGUCGGCCGCACCGCCCGCGGCGGCGCCACCGGCCGCGCCUGCACCAUCGCCACCGAGCCCGACCGCAAAGUCGUCAAGGCCGUCGUCAAGGCCGCGCGCACCCAACAAGCCGCCGACUCCUCCUCCAAGAUCGUCUCCCGCCAGGUGCCCCCCGCCGAGCUCGACCGCUGGGACGCGCGGCUGCGCGACGCCGACGACGACAUCGACGCCAUCCUCGCCGACGAAAAGGCCGAGCGCGCCCUCUCGCAGGCCGACAUGGAGAUCCGCAAGGGCGAGAACAUCGUCCGCCACCAGGACGAGAUCCUGGCGCGUCCCAAGCGCACCUGGUUCGAGACCGAGCAGCAGAAGCUCGAGGCGCGCAAGGCCGGCCGCGCGGAGCUGAACAACAGCGGCGAGCCCGGCGUGAAGAAGGAGAAGAAGAAGUUGAGCAACAAGGAGAAGAAGAGCUUGGAUGCGGCCAGGGAGCGCAAGGAGGGCGCCGGCAGCUCCGGCAUGGGGUGGAAGAAGGGCAAGGCGGAGCGCGCGGGCAAGGGCGCGCUGGAGCCGCCGAAGAAGAAGAAGAAGACGUCUUCGAAAACGCCGGCGAGGGGGCCGAAGAAGGGGGCGGCGGCGGGUGGCGGCCCGAGGAGGGGCGGGGCGAGGAGGUAG